CCCGUUCAGUUUGCUGCCUCGAGAGUUGUCAAAGGUUGUUUUUUUAUUUUUUUAAGGGAGGGUUGUGGAAUAUCCGAAAGGGGAGCAAGGGCGGCAACGGUGGUACGAUGCCGAAUAAAACGAAAAAAGACAAGGAGUCCGUGAAGUCUGGCAAAGCGGGAAAGGGUGGCGGACAGGAGAACUCUGAACACGAGCAGAGCGCCAACAGGAAGGCCAACAAUAACGUUCCUCCCACCACUCAGCUGCUAAAAGGGAAGCAGCCAGGUUCCCAGACCCCCGUCAAGAAGGACAAGAGGCCGAGCUCCUCUCGUUUCAGCCUGAGCAACAACAGGGAGCUGCAGAAACUGCCCGCUUUCAAAGACGUCCCCCCCGCCGACCAGGAGAAGCUGUUCAUCCAGAAGUUGCGGCAGUGCUGCGUCCUCUUCGAUUUCAUCUCGGACCCGCUGAGCGACCUGAAAUGGAAGGAGGUGAAGCGGGCGGCCAUCAGCGAGAUGGUGGAGUACAUCACCCACAACAGGAACGUCAUCACCGAACCCAUCUACCCGGAGGUGGUUCACAUGUUUGCUGUGAAUAUGUUCAGGACGUUGCCGCCGUCAUCAAACCCCACCGGUGCCGAGUUUGACCCAGAGGAAGAUGAGCCCACGCUAGAGGCCGCGUGGCCACAUCUACAGCUCGUCUAUGAAUUCUUCCUGCGGUUCUUGGAGUCACCUGACUUUCAGCCAAACGUAGCCAAAAAGUAUAUUGACCAGAAGUUUGUAAUGCAGCUCUUGGACCUGUUUGACAGCGAGGACCCCAGAGAGAGAGAUUUUUUAAAGACCACUCUUCAUCGCAUCUAUGGCAAGUUCCUGGGCCUGCGAGCGUACAUUAGGAAACACAUUAAUAACAUAUUUUAUAGGUUCAUUUAUGAGACCGAACAUCAUAAUGGAAUAGCAGAAUUACUGGAAAUAUUAGGCAGCAUAAUCAACGGCUUCGCGUUACCUUUGAAAGAAGAGCACAAGAUAUUCCUGCUGAAAGUUCUGCUGCCGUUGCACAAAGUCAAGUCUCUCAGCGUUUACCACCCGCAGCUGGCUUACUGUGUGGUCCAGUUCCUGGAGAAGGACAGCACCCUCACAGAACCGACGGUCAUGGCUCUGUUGAAGUAUUGGCCCAAGACCCACAGUCCGAAAGAGGUGAUGUUCCUCAACGAACUGGAGGAGAUCCUGGACGUCAUCGAGCCCUCGGAGUUCGUCAAAGUCAUGGAGCCCCUCUUCAGACAGCUGGCCAAGUGUGUGUCCAGCCCGCACUUUCAGGUUGGCGAGCGAGACGCUGUAAUACUGAACAACGAGUACAUCAUGAGCCUCAUCAGUGACAACGCCGCCAAGAUCCUGCCCAUCAUGUUCCCGUCGCUCUACCGCAACUCCAAGACGCACUGGAACAAGACGAUCCACGGGUUGAUCUACAACGCUCUGAAGCUCUUCAUGGAGAUGAACCAGAAGCUGUUCGACGACUGCACCCAGCAGUUCAGGGCCGAGAAGAGCAAAGAAAAAGCCAAAUGGAAAGAGAGAGAAGAAGCCUGGCUGAAGAUCGAGAACCUUGCAAAGUCAAACCCACAGUUCCUGGUGUACGUGGACUCGAUAGGCCCGGGCUGUCCGAUGGACACGGAGACCGACGGGCUGCUGCUCGACGACGUCGGCACGCUCAAGCGAGCGGUGGAGGAGGAGGCCACGCAGAUCCAGAAGGAGCAGCGGCGCGAGCGCCCGCUGAUGAGGAGGAAGUCGGAGCUGCCCCGGGACAUCUGCACCGUCACGGCGCUGGAGCUGCACCGGAGAGCCGACGAAAUGUUGACGACGCACGACGGCCACUAAGAGACACCACCCCUCCCGGACCCCCCCCCCCCCCACACCACCAGAUCCACCAUAAACCAUCAGCAGCAUCCACAGAGGAACCACAACGCGCCCCCCCCCCCCUCCAGAACAGCAGAACUCUGGUCCAGCACAAGCACAGUGAACAAUGCCCCCCCCUCCCGCCCCCCUUUUAUCCUCCUCACUCUGUGGCGCUGGACGGUCCCGCGUGACCACGAGCAGCGCAGCGGUGCCGAACCGCACGCGACGGACUGUCGUUAAACCUCUUCUUGUUUUGUAUUCCCUUUUUAUUCUUUUCCUUUCCUCCGGGCCGCUCCGCUGGCGCUGUGCCGCCGCCCUCUGGUCAUUUCUCUCAGGUGUUCUGUUCUUCGUGUGAGCCGUCUUCUCUUCUUCGUGGAUGUCAGGUGCUUGUAAAAAAACUAUGAGCCUUCUCAGUUACAAAAAAGAAAAAGGAAAAAAAAAGCUUCAGUUCAUAAGAAAAUGUCCGUAGUUUCUAUAUAUAUUUAAUAAUUCUCAUAACAAUAAAACCUAGAUGGCUGUUUAUAUUUUAUUUUUUCCUACAUAGUAUAUUAGGAGCUCCUCUCAGAGUGAGAUACACGUCUUAUCUGUAUAACUGCUCUGUUCGCAGCUGGUUUUUCUUCUUCUUUUUCCAUCAGCUGUGAAGAUUGUUGCGGUGCAGCCGGAUCAAAUGCAAACAGCGGCUCCCGAGAGCGGCUCUCCGCACUCGGCUUAGCUUGGCGCCAACUUCUCAUCCGUCUAGUUCCUUCGUUCUAAAACGACAAAAAACACAUCCUUUCGCAUGUGCCGGUAGUGAGUGAGCGUCGGUGGCUCAAACAACGGUCAGGUGGUUUAUUACGUGUUUGGAGUCUUUUUUUUAUUUUUUAUUCCCGCUGUCCUUCGUGGGGUCCCAACGGGGGGGCCGCAGUUGGUCUGCUCGUCAGACGGGGGGCCGGUGGGUGUGGAGAGGUCGAUCGGCAGCCUUUUCUUCUCACAGUGCCUUCUGCAGUCCGCGGGAACAUUUCGCUCAACCUGCGAAUCGAGUAGCAGCAUCGACUUAAACGCCACACAAAAAAAACCCCCAACCCUAUAAUAAUCGCACCAUUCGUUACCAAGAAAGAAAGGAGCGCCCCGCUCGGCCUCCCUCCCCCACGCCGCGUUGAAGCUACAGAGCCCCGCCCCCGAUGACGCACUUCCUGGUAACACUUGAAAAGAAGAUCGUAACACAGCAUCAAAAACAAUAGAAUAGAAAUCCGUGAUGCUGUCUGUCUGUCAGGGGGGGGGGGGGGGCAGGAAUGACCCUCUCUUUUGAUUGUCCAUUACGCUCCCCCACCGGCCGCCCCAUUCGUUGAUUUGUACCAUUUGCCCCCCCCCCCACACACCUAAAAAGACCACCGUGAUCUGCUUUCUUCUUCCUUCGCCUGCAGAACCUCUUGUCAGUGUUUCAACUGAAUGUGCAAAUUGUAAAUAAUAACGAUGAUACUACUGCAGCCACGCCGUUCAUGUCUGUCUGGAGGAGCAACGUUCCUCGCCGAGGGGGGAGGGGGGGGGGGGGGGGGGGGGGGCUGUGAUGGAGGCGACUCGUCCUCUGCUGGUGGCCGUUGUUCUUCUUGGAAUGGCUUUAAUAUUUGCUUCUUCGGAGCGCUCUUUUCUUUUCUUUCUGUCUUUCUCGUUGAAAAGAAUGACGUGUCCUUUUGGUACACGUCUCAUACUAAACCGCUCCAUCUGAUAUUGUACAUAUAAUGUACUUUUAUUUUAUCUUUUAACUUUCAAAUGGUAGGUUUCAUAUUUUGUACCAACCCCCCCUGCAGACAGUUGACACGUGGCAAUUUACAUUCAGAGACCGUCGAGCAUUUGGAUCGUUUUUUAUCUAUUUGUAAUCCGACAUCUUUUCCGUUUCUGUUUGUUCACCUUUCAAACAUGUGUUGAGACUCUACAUACAUGAGCUUUUUUUUCUUUCUUGUGUGCUUUUAUCCGAAUCUCCAGUGGUGUACAUCUAUAUACUGCAAAUAAAGAGAACAUGUGAGUUUUAUAUUUUCAUCCUAA